AUUCACAUAUACUUUAUAAGCACAUUAUCAACAUCUUUGGGGAAAAAAGUUUCACUUUCUAAUGAACAGAGAUACUCGUCGCAGCAACCAUCGCAGGCGCUCGCGCUCGCCCAAUAGCAAACCCCACCACCCUAGCAGCAGCAACAAUAGCGAUUUAGCGGGGCAUCUUCCAAAGUUCAAACACACAACAACGACAUUAACAGGCUCCAAGCCAAAAUUCUCAAAGCGCGACUAACCAAAUCAUCCGAUCUCGCAGAUCUUGAAAAGCAACUAGCAUCCGCCACCAGCCAAUCCACCGCACCCCUACCACAAGCAUCACCAGUGGCUCCAUCUCCAUCAGGAACAAUAGUACUUCCACAAGUGGAUAGUCACGGGCGGUUGACGCGAAUUAGUGCGAAGUAACGGGCAAAGGGGGUGAUAUGGCAAGUAUCGCGGAAAUGGCCAAGGAGGAGCGGCAGGGCUACAGGGGCGAUUCUGUGGAUCGCGCAUUGGCAAAGGGAAUAAUGCGGGAUGGUGGGUUCCAGAACGACCUAGAGUACAUGGACGACAACGCAGAGAAAUUGGCCGGCACUCAGGAUAAAACAACAGGGAGGGAGGAGCAGCGGCAGAAGCAGGCGGCAGUCCGGGACUACCGCGUAAUGGAUUCUGUUCUCAGCCACUGCAGCCUGUGCUUCAAGCAAUCGGAGCAGCCCGACGGUUCCACGCUGCUGACUGCGCCCGCGCACCCGAUCAUCGCGCUCGGCAACCAGGUCUACCUGGCCCUUCCCGACCGCGAGCCCAUGAACGACGGGCACUGUAUUAUUGCGCCCAUAGAACACACCGCUGGCAGCUCCCUCCGAUGUGACGAUGACGUGUGGGACGAGAUCGGCAACUUUAUGAAAUCCCUCAUCCGCAUGUUUGCCGAGAAAAACCAAGCCGUCGUGUUUAUGGAAACAGUCAUUUGGACGGAGCCUGCCAGGGCCCGGCAUUGCUUCUUGGAGUGUAUCCCGAUGCCCGUGGGGAAAGCGCAAGAUGCGCCGGCGUUUUUCAGAGAGGCAAUGGUGGAGGCAGCCGAGGAGUGGAGCCAGCAUAGGAAGGUUAUUGACACUUUGGUGAGGGAAUCGGGGGGUGGCGGGUUUCGGAAUACGAUGACGGCGAAGAUGCCGUAUUUCCACGUGUGGUUCAAUCCAAAGGGCGGGAUGGCCCAUGUUAUCGAGAACGCAGAGGCAUUUCCGGAGUGGUUCGGCAGGGAGGUGGUCGCUGGGAUGCUGGAUCUGCCGCCGACUGUUUACCGCAAGCCGCGCAGGAUCAGAGAGUCGCAGAGCCAGCGCCGGGAAAGGGCUGAGGAGUGGAAGGCGCAGUUUGCUUGGGACCGCUUUGACUGGACCAAGAUGUUGUCGCAGUGA